AGUCUCAGAACAGAACAACCUUCGCAGCAACACCAAUAAUUCAAUCUAAACUAAAAGUAUUCAAUAUGAAGACACUCGUGCUUAUUGCCGGACUCGUCUGUGUGCUUUGCCUAUUUACGGUCGCUCAGGGCGAUCACGUAGAUGGAGCUGCCAUGGAACCAGAAGAUGGAAGUGCCUUGGGAGCACCUUUGACUGUGGAUAAUGUCGAACCUUUGAGGAGCUUGAGACGACAAAAGCGUUUUACAUGCGAUGUGCUGGCGAGCACUGAGGCUUGUAUAAUACAUUGCUUGCUGCUUGGCCGACGUGGUGGUUAUUGUAGCCGCCAAAAAGUCUGUAUUUGUCGAAUGUAAAGAUUUUUUAUUUCGUAUAAUGAUUGAAUAAAAAAAAAAAAAAAUUUUUAGAAAAUUA